AUGGAGAUCACGUCUGCAGCUGGACUCACGGUCCUUCCUCAUGAUGUUGAAAGGCACCAAAGCGAUGCUGUCGCGGACAUCACGUUGACAAUCGGUUAUUUAUCCGCCCUCAUAUCGGUAUUGUCGCAAGCUUUGACCCCGCGCGCCAAGUUCAUGAAGAUCAUGUUCUUCGACCUAUUAUCAACAUGCGUCUCAGCUUCCCUUUGCUGUCUGACAAUCUACUGUGCUGUCAAGGCAAGAGAACACAAUACCCCCUCGGAUGUCAGUGAGAGCGUCGAGAAUGGUUACAACAGUGAUGCCUGUGCUGUAUCUGCUAUUUGGUUGAUCUUCAUGAUAUGGGUAGCUAACACCAUCCGUGCAUGGCGCCCUAUGGAGCUGCAGGAUCCCAUGGUUGCCUUUUCGAUCUUUGCUUCUGUCACUAUCACGCGAGCCGGCACCUUCGUAACGGUAUCCGAGGGUCUAGCCUUCGUCUCAAGACUGUUGAAGGGCUUUAUGCUCGGUUUCGCCAUCGCGACAGGUGUAUCCUUAUUGAUAUUACCCAUCACCAGUCGACGUAACGUUUUCCACGACAUAAGGGGCUAUGUAGCGCACAUUGAUGCCGUCCUGCAAUCGCAGAUCGCAUUCGUGGAGCGUACUCCUCAGCUACUGACCGGGGGUCAAGGACUGUUAAAUAGGACGCGGACUGCUCAGACUGUUCGCGAUACUGAGAAUAAUCCGAGAUCUGAGCUAGAAUCACGGCAGAAACAGCUAACGUCAUCGAUUACGAAAUUGCAUGCCCUUCAUGGAAAGCUACAGUCCGAUCUGUUCUAUGCUAAUGAUGAGUUUGCAUGGGGAAAGCUAUCAGCUAGCGAUCUAAAUAGGAUAGGGGGGCUAUUGCGAAGCAUUCUGUUGCCUCUGGCUGGAAUGGCCCAGCUUCCAGAGGUUCUGGAUAUGAUUGUCAAGAACGAAGGAAUACCGGUGACUGGCAAGGGAUCAGCUGGUGAACCUGAGGACGAAUCACUGAAGCAAUCAGAGAUGGAGAAAGUUUCGGAGACUCUCCAUGACCGUUUAGUUGAUGCGACCCGUCUAACCACAGCAGGUCUACAAUAUGUUUUGUUGGCACUGGAGCUGGCUAAGCCUAAGCAACUAGAGAAGAAGCGCAAUGAAGGCGGCGAUGAGGAGUCCAAAGGCGAGGCAAUCAGUCCGCUUGAUUCAGACUUUACGUCUCGAUUCGAACAAGAAAGGAUCAAGUACUUCGAACGGCGCCAGGAGCUCCCACGAUCUUUGGCAAGCCUUGAAGCAUUCUCGGCGUCUGAGAAGGUCGACGAUAUUUCCACUGACUCCAAAGUUGUCGUGCCUGACUCCGAUGUUAGGCAGGAAUUUUUCUUAAUUCUAUAUAUGGGCCAUCUACAGGAGAACCUUCUCAGCGGAGUGCUCGAUCUAAUGAAGUUUGCGGAUAGCAAGAUUACGGACGGAACCAUGAAAAGUAACAGGCCGAUCUUCCCCAUGCAAAGCUCUAUACGAGGAUGGCUAUCCGUAAAGUCAGAGAAGGAUGAAUCAAGUAGCUCCGACGGCAGGCAGCCUUCUCAGGCGAAUCACUCCUCGUUGCAUGGAGAAGAUGAGCCCGACCGAUUCCCUGAUCCUGAACAUCUACCUCCAGCCAAUCUUCUGGAGAAAGCGAGCACCAUCAUUCGCUUUAUCUCGCAUAUUAUCAAGUCAGAGUAUAGUAUAUUCGGGUUUCGCGUUGCGGCCGCUGCAUUAUCCGUCGGUAUAUUGGCGUUUUUGCACCAGACGCAGAAUUUCUUCAUUCACCAAAGAUGCAUCUGGGCUAUGAUUGUCAUUGUGAUCGGAAUGAAUCCGACAAGUGGACAGUCUAUGUUCGGCUUCGUAACUCGUAUUAUAGCCACCGCUGUCUCGCUAGUUUUGAGUUUGAUCGUCUGGUAUAUUGUCGAUCAGAAAACCCCCGGAGUCAUUGUAUUUCUAUAUCUGGCCAAUGUAUUUGAGUACUACUUCUACGUGAACAUCCCUCAAUACUUCGGCGCUUCGGUCAUCUCAAUCGUCACCCUGAAUGUCAUCGUCGGAUAUGAACUACAGGUCCGCAAACUAGGAAUAGAAGUCGCAACCUCCAACGGCCAGCCAUACUACCCCAUCUACCUCUUCGGACCUUACAAGCUGGCUGCCGUCGCCGCCGGAUGCGCUAUCUCCUUCUUCUGGGUCAUCUUCCCAUACCCGAUCACCGCGAAAUCCACACUUCGAAAAUCCGUCGGUCGAGCACUAUUCGUCCUCGCCGAAUUUUACAGUUGCAUGCACACAACCGUCGAGCUGUGGCUCAAUGGCGAACUAAGCAAUGGCCAAGACACCUGCUCAGCAUCCUACAAGCUAGAAAGCUCGCGCCAUAGAAUCUUCAAAGAAGAAAUGAUGCUCUUAAACCAGCUCCGCACGCACAGUCACUUCAGUACAUAUGAGCCCCCCAUCGGCGGCAAAUUCCCAAAAGCAACCUACGAUCACAUUAUCUCCGAGAUCCAGCGUAUGCUAACCAGCAUGGCGCUGAUGGCACAUACAACCCAGCAUCUAAAUCUCGUGUCCAGGGAAUCGGAAAGCUCUCGUGACUCAGAAGAACGAUGGGUCUCGCAGCUAGCCUCGAUCGCGUUACAAUCGGCCGAUUUUCAUUCUCAUUCUGUUACCUCACUUCUUUGCCAUUUGUCGGCUUCGCUGGCAAAUGCCCAGCCUUUGCCUCCGUAUUUGUCCACCGGUGAUUCGUUUCCCUUGGCAAGGCAUUUGCAGAGGAUUGAUGGUGAGUUGUUGAGUAUUCGCCAUGUGCAGGAUCCGGCCUUUUCGGCGUUUGUAACGCUGGAGGUGUUGAGGUCGGUGGUGGGUUUUACUUUGAAGGAUUUAUUGAGUAAUGUGAAGACGCUCGUUGGAGAGCUCAAAUUCGACAGCUAUAGCAGGGCCGCGUUGGAAGAUACCGAGUCAGCGAGAUUAUUAUCGACGAAUACUGAGCCAUGA